AUGAAGGCCUCCUUCUCUACCCUCCUCUUCCUCGCCGUCGGCGCCCAGGCCAACACGCCACCUGUCAAGGUCUCGACCUACGACGCCCUGAACGCAGCCGUUCUCAACGGCGACCACAAGAUCUUGGUGGAAAGCGAUAUCACCUUCGCCGCCCCUAUUGAGAUCCCCGCGGGCAAGAACAUCCGAAUCUACGCGAAAAAAAACGCCCGGCAGACGCUCGACGGCAACGGCGAGACGCAGCUCUUCCGCGUCGACGGGACGCUCACGCUCCAACACCUCGUGCUCGCGGAGGGCUACGCGACGAACGGCUUCUGCUCGUACACCGAAAACUCCGGCGAGGCCUGCGGCGGCGGCGCCGUGCACGUCGACGUGGACGCGCACCUCAUCGUCGACGGCUGCGCCUUCCGGGACUCGCAGGCGCGCUACGGCGGCGCGAUCUACACCUACGGCGGCGCCGUCGACGUCUCCGGCUCGACGUUCACGGAGAACGGCGCCUACGAGGCCGGCGGCGCCGUCUGGACCUACGCGCACGUGGCGCUCUCGAUCUCGAACUGCGAGUUCACGGGCAACGUCGCCAUCAAGGCCGGCGCGGUCUUCACCGGCGGCGACGCGACCAUCGCCGACUCGACGUUCUCGGGCAACGUCGCGACGGCCUCGGAGCCGUCCGACGACGACCACGCGGGCGGCUUCUGGGGCGGCGAGGGCGGCGCGAUCUGGGUCAACGAGGACACGGUGCGCGUCGACCGCUGCGCCUUCGAGGGCAACCGCGCGCGCACCGAGGGCGCGGCGAUCUACGUCCGGAACCUCGGCGAGGCCGUCGUCGCCGCGACGACCUUUUCGGGCAACCAAGCGGACUGCGACGGCGUCGUGACGACGGGCCGCUACUCCUGCGUCGAGGGCCUCGACGACGUCCACCCGGCGUCGGACCGCGCGGUCGUCGACUGCCGCGACGACUGCCCGGGCGGGAGCGUCGGCGCGUGCGCGCCCGUCGGCGACGGCGUCUGCCAGAGCUGCGCCUGCGAGCUCGAGACGGGCGCGUCGACGGCCCUGGUCCUCGAGGACGUGAACCCCGGGGCCUUCAAUGCGAACGCGGACGCGCGCGCGGCGUUCGAGGCGGACGUCGGCGGCCGCCUCGGCCUCGUCGUCGACGGCGACAACGCCAUCGACUGGGUCGUCGCGUCGCCCCUCGCGGUCCACGACUACGGCUACACGGACGACGCGAAGGUCACCUUCGGCGUCGCCGGCGACGCGGACGCGCUCCUCGCGGCGCUUCUGGAAGCGCUGAACGUCGGCGGCAUCCCCGGCUGGGCCGUGGACCUCGGGCCGCUCGGCGCGGCGCCCGUCGACGUCGCCGCGUCGCGCGAGGCGGCGGAGACGGAGACCUUCGACCGCACGGAGCCCGGCGACACAGCCGUCGCGUCGUCGGCGAUCGUCGUCGACGGCCUCGACGCCGCGGACGUCGACGCGGACGGCGACGUGCUCGAGGGCCUCGCCGCGGCCGUCGCACUCGCCAUCGGCGCCGCGCCGAACCAGGUCGCCAACGUCGCCGCCAAGUGGUACCCGGCCUACGAGGGCACGGACCUCUACACGAAUUUGGCGUCCACGGUCCACUUCGACGUCGCCGUCCGCGCGUGGCCGUGUGGAAAUCAAAUCUUCAACCCGACUUCAAUCCGAAUCGACUUCGAUUUGACCGAGCUAGAGAAUUCUGAAGUUUGGCCCCGACGUCCCAGCUCACUGGUUGAUUUCCACACAGGCGCGUGGCCGACGAAGCACUGGAGCAGCGACUCCUUCACGGACGCCGCGGGGCUCGAGGCCGCGCUCGAGGCGGCCCUCGACGGCGGCGGCCUCGCGGCGGCCGUCGCGAACGAGCGCGCGCUCCGCACCGCCGUGCUCGACGAGGCCGCGACGCGGACCGCGAUCGCCGCGCAGACGUCCGCGGGGCCCCACGGCCGGGUGACGCGCGCGACCUCGUCCGCCGUCGUCCUCUCGGGCGUCUCCGCGGCGGCCUUCGCCGACGACGGCGACGCGGCCGGCGCCUUCGCCGAGGCGCUCGCCGACGCGCUCGCGGUCGACGCGGGCGCCGUCUCCGCCGUCGAGGCGACGGCGCCCGGCGCCUACGGGUCGCAGCGGGCGCAGGUCGCCUUCGAGCUCGACGACCGGCGCGACGCGCGCCUCGUGCUCGACGACCUCUACCGCGUCGCGCUCGUCGACACGACGCUCAACGACUACCUCCGCGAGUCCGACGUCGCGGCGCUCCGCGGCGCGGCCAUCGACUGGGGGGAGACGACGCGGUCCCUCGAGACGCUGACCUUCACGCACGCCAAGGACGACGGCACGCCCGCCGCGGCGACGCACGCGAUCGUACUCGACGGCGUCGCCCCCGACGUGCUCGCGGCCGACGCCGACGCGCUGCGGGCCUUCGCGACGUCCUGCGCCGCGGUCUUAGGCGCGUCGCACCUCCAGGUCUCGGGCGUCACGUCGACGGCCUACCACUACGUCGCCGGCGACGAGUUGUGGGUCGAGUCCUGCCCGACGCUCGAGGCGCUGCCCGAGGACUCGGCGCUGUGCCCCGACGACCUCGACCUCGACGCGUGCGACGCGCCGGGCCGCGCGAUCGGCGACCUCUGCGAGGGCGACGGCGAGUGCGGCACGGACAAGCACCUCGACAACUGCGGGAACGCCGACGACAAGAACGCGGACAUCUACCGCGUCGUCGCGGACAUCUACCGCGGGCCGGCGCACGCGGGCGUCGUGCCCCGCGGCGCGCUCGUCGCCUUCGACGUCGCGCUGCGCGCGUGGCCCGCGCGGUCGACGCCCCUGCGCACGGCCGGCGCGACCAAGGCCGCGCUCCUCGGCGCCCUCGACGGGCCCUUCGCGGACGCCUUCCGCAAGUACGGCGCGGGCACGGCGCUCGCCGGCGCCGCGAUCAACUUCGUCGGCUCCGUCGCCGCGCUCGACGGCGAGGCCGUCUGCUGCGCGGCGCCCGACGACGACCACCACGGCGCGCACCACGAUCCCGACGACCACGAGUCGGUCCACGACGCCGCCGCGCACCACGGCGCGCACCCCGCGCCCGCCUCCUCCAAGAAGUCGUCGUCGUCGUCCGACUCGUCGGCCGUCGUCGCCGCGGCCGUCGCCGCCAUCGGGCUCGUGAUCGUCCUCGGCGCCUUCGCCGGCUACCGCGUCCGCCGGCGCUCGUCGCCGCGCGAGACGGCGCACGCGGGCGACGUCGAGCUCGAGGACGUCGAGCCCGACCGGGCGGCGGCCCUGGGCACCUUCCCGAAGGAGCACCCGAGCCGCGUCUCCGACUCGCGCCUCUUCCCGAUCAAGCAGGCCCACCGCGAGACCAAGUCCCCCCUCUACCCGAACGCGGAGAUGAUCUGA